AUGAUCUCCUCCCUCCAGUGCCAGACAAUGAGAGAUCCUAGGCUGAGGGGGGUUCUGUCCCACCCCCUCUUCGUGCUGCUUUUGGCCCUCCAGAUCCUGGCAGUGGCCGGCCUGGUGCGCGCCCAGACCUGCCCAUCUGUCUGCUCCUGCAGCAACCAGUUCAGCAAGGUGAUCUGCACCCGCCGGAGCCUGCGCGACGUCCCCGACGGCAUCUCCACCAACACGCGUUACCUGAACCUGCAGGACAACCUCAUCCAGGUGAUCAAGGUGGACAGCUUCAAGCACCUGAGGCACCUGGAGAUCCUGCAGCUGAGCAAGAACCACAUUCGCAACAUCGAGAUCGGCGCCUUCAACGGCCUGGCCAGUCUCAACACCCUGGAGCUGUUCGACAACCGCCUCACCACCAUCCCCAACGGCGCCUUCGAGUACCUCUCCAAACUCAAGGAGCUGUGGCUGAGGAACAACCCCAUCGAGAGCAUCCCGUCGUACGCCUUCAACCGGGUCCCAUCGCUGCGAAGACUGGACCUGGGAGAGCUCAAGCGGCUCUCCUACAUCUCCGACGGAGCCUUCCAGGACCUCAGCAACCUACGCUACCUGAACCUGGGCAUGUGCAACCUCAAGGAGAUCCCCAACAUCCUACCCUUGGUCAGGCUGGAGGAGUUGGAGAUGUCAGGAAACCAGAUCUCUGUCAUAGGGCCUGGCUCUUUCGCAGGACUGGCAAACUUGCAGAAGCUGUGGAUGAUGCACGCUCAGAUCCAGACCAUUGAGAGGAACUCCUUCGACGACCUCCAGUCCCUGGUGGAGCUCAACCUGGCCCACAACAACCUCACCCUGCUGCCCCACGACCUCUUCACCCCCCUGCACCGCCUGGAGAGAGUCCAUCUGCACCAUAACCCCUGGAACUGUAACUGUGACAUUCUGUGGCUUAGCUGGUGGCUGAAGGAGACGGUGCCUGCCAACACCAGCUGCUGUGCCCGCUGCCACACCCCAGCCAGCUACAGGGGUCGCUACAUCGGCGAGCUGGAGCACGGCUACUUCCAGUGCGACGUGCCCGUCAUCGUGGAGCCGCCGGCGGACCGCAACGUCACAGAGGGCAUGGCGGCGGAGCUCAAGUGCAGGACGAGCUCGUUGACCUCGGUUAGCUGGCUCACCCCCAACGGGUCGCUGGUGACCCACGGGGCGUACAAGGUGCGCCUGGCCGUCCUCAACGACGGGACGUUGAACUUCACUACCGUCACCAUGCAGGACACAGGGACUUACACCUGCAUGGUGAGCAACACGGCGGGCAACAUCUCAGCCUCGGCCGUGCUCAACGUCACUUCGGUGGAGAACAGCGGCGUCACCUACUUCACCACAGUCACCGUGGAGACCACAGAGACAGUAGAUGACAGCCAGACUCCUGCUCUUCCCCCGAUUGGCUGGGUAUCAUCUUCAACCACCAGGGGGCCUCUGGUCCAGACCAGGACCACGGAGCGGACCUACACCGUCUCUGUUCUGGACCUGGACGGGGAGGGGGACCGCGGCCUGGAGGAGGUGAUGAAGACCACCAAGAUCAUCAUCGGCUGCUUCGUGGCCAUCACGCUCAUGGCCGCCGUCUUGCUGGUCAUUUUCUACAAGAUGAGGAAGCAGAACCACCAGCAGGACCCCGACGGCCCCGCCUCCUCCAUGGAGGUCAUCACAGUGGAGGAGGAGCUAGCCGGGGUCGCUGCCAUGGAGACACACUUACACCUGCCCCCAUUGGAGCAUUACAACCAUUACAACACUUACAGGAGCACCUACCACCACUCCCACACACAGGAACCUUUACUGAUUCAAGCCAGCUCAAAAGACAAUGUGCAAGAGACCCAAAUUUGA